AAGAGACCUGAAAGGAGAUAGAGGGAGUCAAGUCUCCAAAGGACUCAGUGGAGCCUUCCUGAGAGAAAAAGUGACAAAAAAAGAUCAUGAAGAAAACAGGACAACCUGACCACAGUGGACCACACAAAAAUCUUUGUCAUCCUCCAACAUUCUGUGCUGUUGUUCCUAAGCAUCCACCAAAGCAAGACACCAGGAUUACAUAACCGCGUACGGAGAGAGCAGCUGCAAGAUUACACGAUGCAGAUUAGAGAUUACGUUGAUUCAGCAGAUUGUCCUGUGCAUGUCUGAGAAAGAUUACACCAGCAGAGUUAAGAAUACCCAUUUGCUGUGGUGCCGUUUUACAAAAAUAGCCUCUGACCAAGAAUAAAAAUUGUUGUCGGAAUAAUAUGCGAACAGAUCAUGAAGAACUCUGUGGCACCAGUUAUGGAUCUUUUUGUCUAAAUGGAGGGAUUUGUUAUAUGAUUCCUACUGUAUCCAGUCCGUUCUGCAGGAAAGCUUCCAUUCCAAGGACAAGUUCUUCAGAGUGUGGUGCCAACCUGGUUGAGACUACAAGCAGCAAUGGCUGCAACAAAAUAAUAACAGAGUAAAGCAUUAGAGUGGAAGAAUGGUGGGAAAACAACAUGCAGAGCAACCCUAAGAAUACAGUAGUUGUAGAGGAUGAUGUGGUAAGCAAGAUGAGAGAAGAAAGUAGACUGAAAUAGGAGGCUUGCUUAGGUGUGGGAGAAGACUGCAACUAAGACGUAAAGAGAAACAGUUGCGCUUAUUAGAGUUUCUAUGUAUUUUUAAAAGUGUAUCAAAUUAUACAGAAAUCACUAUAACUCAUGUUUGAAUUUUGAGAUUUUUCAUGACAAGUUACUGUUUUCAAUAACGCACAAGUAGAAGCAUGAGAUUAAUUUUGGUUUUUACUGCAUGGGAAAUACGAAAUAAUCUUUCUUUUCACUGCACAGAGAAUAUGAGAUAAUCAUAGGGGUUUUAGCAUGAAGUAAUACUAUGAGUUUUUGAUAGGAUCGUCCUUUUUCACAGGAUUGCCCCAGAGGAGUUGAGGACUGUCUUGAUUCAAUAGUUUCAAAAUUUAUACCUGUGAUACAUGUCCAGAAUUUGGCUUGUUUCAGAUAUACUUACCAUAUGUAGGGGAAAAAAAGUACCUUUCUCCAGCCAACACUGAUUUUUUUAUUUUUUUUUUUUUAAUGGUAAGACAACACAAGGAUGAGGUACCACUGCUAGUGUAUUGGCCAGCUUCCUGGCACAAGAUUUUAAUUCAAGUUAAAAGAUUAAGAAAAGAGAUAGGUAAUGGUUAAAAGAAGCUUAUUAGGCAGAGUAUUUACCCUUUGUUUAAUAUACAUCCCUAAUAUUAAGCAAGACACCUUCCUUGAAGUUCUUAUUUUUGUCUGGCUUUCUUCUGAAAAUCUUGCUACUGAGGGAGAUUUAAACCUUAACUUAAAUUUUCCAGUUGGUAUUUCAGAUACUAGAAGUCAGGAAUUUUAUUCAUCAGGUCCACUCCUGACACAAAAUAUUAUCCAGCCAGGUGUCUUGGCUGAACAAGUGCUGCCCUCUCUAAAGAUUUAUUUGUUUUAUUCACAUAACCAUUUGUUGAUCGCACCAGUAUAUUAUAUAUCACUAUCUGGUUCCUCACAGGAUUCUCUUACUCGGACAAAGAGGGGCCAAAUGACAUGGUCCAUCUCUCUCUCUGCCUUGACAACACAAAGAGACUGUCUGGUUAGUCAGAAACAUAGAAAAUGUGAACUGAACAAUUUUCUUUUCCACUCAUUUCUAGCACUGGAAACCAGCAAAAAUCAGAUAUGUUUCCAUAAUGGCACAUUACCUAGCAGCUCAUUCUGUGGGAUUUAUAAGGUUGUAUUGAAGAGAAGGUUAAUUGAGAAAACUUCAGGAAUUGAAAAGGGAGAAAAUGCAGAAUGCAGAUUUCUUAUCUCUGAAAUAAAACAUCUGGAGGUGUAUAAAAAUACAGGUGCAAUGAAAAUGUUGAAUAAGCUUCUAUUCCUAGGGUGUCUGCUACAUGCUUUAGUGUCAGAAAAAAUAGUGUGUACUUUCUACCAAUGUAGACAAAAGUACAGCAAGACAGAGAAGAAAAGACAUGCGGUUACAGUGUAUAAGGUAAGAAGUCAAAGAGAAAACCAUAUUAUAAUAGCUACUAGGAAACAAAACAGAAAAACACAUUACCUUCUGAGGACUCCGGUCAGAGAAGUUAGAGUCCCAGUUAAAGCUCAGCAUCUGAAGGGAGAAUCUGAGGGCACCAAAUCAAGUAGAGGACAUGAUCCAGAGAAACCCCUGAUUAAGUUAUAUAAAGCACUAAAAGAUCACUUUCUCCCCAAAUUAACUGAUCUUAUAGGUUAUUCUCUGGACUUCAAACCUUUAGCAGAUAUUCUGAAGGAAGCUGAUAAUGUUGUUUUAAAGGCUAGGAAAGAUAAAAGUGAUUUUUUAUCACAUAAGGACAUGCCACUGUUAAAUACAGAGUUUAGGAGAUUUGUAGCAGUACGGACAGCUACAUUAGAAUCAGUAUUACCUAAAGUACUCUGUACAGCCUCGGUCAAAGCUAGUCAGAGACGACUGCUGUUAGGUAACUUCCAUAUAUUAUUGAUCAUGAGACAUUCAGACCUAAUAAUGUUAAAGUUUGGUACACUAUUUUCAUUGAAGAAGGAAAAGGCUUGUGGUCAUCUUACGUGGAAAUUCAGGAUGGAAUUAUUAACAGAAGAUGUAAGAAAUAAAUGGACUCAAGUUGUACUCUAUAAACUCUUAGAACCGUCUCAGCUUUCUAGACAGAUAUGGAAUAGUUAUUCAUGGUUACCACUCUUGUUUGCAUUAUUCAGGAAACAAUUUGUACAAAAAGUGAGGAUGCAUAAACCAAAACCAUGUUUAAAUGCAAACAAGUUGAUUUAUGAAACAGUGGUAUCUUUGAAGGAAAUCCAAUUAGCGAUUCAAACUGUUUCAUACCCAUUGCAUCUGAGAAGGUUUCAGCUUCUAAAAUUAAUUAUUUUAAUUCACAGGCUUUGUGAAUGUGAUGUUGAGGUGAAAAUGAGAUCAGGCUACAAAUUCAUUUUAAGGUGGUCAAAUGCCACAGAAAGUGCAGGGUAGCUAACAUUACAUGUAAUUUAAUAAAACAGUACAACACUCUCUAGCAAUGCUUGCUUACAAAAUUAAGCAAGUAGUCCUGUGAGCAAUAAAGCUAAAGAAACACCGGUUCCAAUGGAUCAGAUCUUGUGAUUGGAGUCACUGGAGUCUAAAAAGGUGUUACGUGUAUAUGCAGGGACAAGUAAUGAGGUCUCUCUUCUCUGCUUGACUCCUGUUUUCAUGAAAGAUAAGAUCUCAUGUCUUUAAAAUUACCCCUCCACCAGCUGAAAGGUUAUGGAGGGGGGAAAAGACUAAUUUCCUAGGAACCUCCACUAAUAUGACUACACCACAAUUUAUUAUAGUGUUAUGGCAAAAAUUCUUUUAUACCUGAGGA